GGGUUUACACUGCAUUUCCCAGAAUCCUGCGCCGAGGUUGGGGCAGCCGAAUUAGGAGGCAGCGAGCGAGCGAGCCGCGCGUGCGCCGCCGGGCUGCUUUCCGGGUGCGCUCCAGCCCGCUCUGCUGCGGAUGCUUGUGCAGGGGCUGCUGGUGCCAUGUGCGGGCAGGAGCCCCCCGCCUCGUACCAGGAGCUGAGUGAGGAAGGAGAGCACUUAGCUGAGCAUCCAGAGUCAGUGGAAGAGGGGGAAGAAGAGGACGACGAUCAGGAUACCAGCUCAGCUAUUUUGCCAGUCCUAGAUAGUGAAUCAGCUGUAUUCCUUGUCUACCAAACUAUCACUGACUUCAGGGAAAAACUCAAACACCCAGUGAUGUCUGUCUCCUACAAGGAGGUGCCCUUGUAUGAUGCACCUGGUAUUGCACUUUACCCAGGCAAGGCUCAGCUGCUUAGCUGCAAGCAUCAUUACUAUGAUCACAUUCCACCUCUGAUAAACCCAGGUCAUCCAGGAGAAAUUGAGUGCACCACUCAGAGAAUCAACUACACAGAUCCUUUUACUAAUCAAACCAUGAAACAUGCUUUGAUUGUCCAAGGACCUCGAGAUGUGAAGAAAAAGGAAUUGGUGUUUUUGCAGUUCCAUUUAAAUGAAACUGACCAGGAUUUCAGUGCAAUAAAUUAUCUUCUGUUCUCUUCUUUUCAGGAAUUCCUCAACAGUCCAGAUAAAGCAGAAUUCAUGAAAGAUUGUGAAAGCUCAUACUCCAGCUGGAAGUUCUCUGGUGAUUUUCGAACCUGGGUCAAAAUGUCCUUGGUGAAAACAAAAGAGGAAGAUGGGAGUGAAACUGUGGAAUUCAAACAGGAGACUAGUGUGGUUAACUACAUUGACCAGAGGCAUAAGCCAGCAAGUGACCAGUUGUUUUUUGUGGUAUUUGAAUGGAAAGAUCCAUUUAUACAGAAAGUUCAAGAUAUUGUCACUGCCAACCCGUGGAACAUGAUUGCUCUACUAUGUGGUAUUUUCUUGGCUCUGUUUAAAGCAACAGACUUUGCCAAAUUAAGCGUUAAGUGGAUGAUCAAAAUCCGCAAGAGGCACCUGAAGAGGAGAAGUCAAGCAAUGAACCACAUAAGCUGAGGACUAAACCACCUUGAAAACAUUUUUAAUACACUGGAUAAAAUUUCAACUGUAACAAUGCAGCAGUUACAUAAAGAGUUGUGUGCUUUAAGUAAAUUGAAAUUUGAACAACCCCACUAAACACAUGCCUUUUAAGUUAUGAACUUGACAGCAUUUCAGAACUGAAUACAGACGUUUGUAUUUAGUUUGAGUCUAGACAGCAGUUUAAGCUUUUCUGAGUAAGCAAAAUGAGCUGCCCUUGCUACCAUAAGAGUGUCCUGAAUCAAUAAAAUGAUUUGUUGCCCUCAUUGUGAUCUUCCCAGGCAUAGUUACUAUCUGUGAACAGUAAGGAGCAAAGCAAUUCACACGAUGAAUGUAAAGCACUCUCUUAAAUCUUCAACCUGUAAGCUAGAGCACAGAAUAUCUUGGAUUUUUAUCAAACAUUUCACAUUUAGUUCAAAUGCAGGGACUGUGUAUUAAAGCUGCUUUUAAAGCAA